AUGUUGGUGCGCGCGUGGACCCGUUCGUUCGGCGUCCGGGCCACCCUGUCGAACUGCUCCGAACAAUUACGGCCCUUAUCAACAUGUCGAGAGUUCAUCCGCGGCAGAUCACCAAUGUUCUCGCCGGAUUGCGUCCCAAGUUGUACGGCGACGGUUUUGAACGUCCGUGACUGGAUUCAUGUCGACGAUCACAACAGCGCGGUCUGGGCGAUCAUCGACGGUGGCCGGAUCAGUCAGACCUACUUGAUCGGCGCUGACGGUGGGGUGAACAACCGAACUGUCAUGGAGUCGAUUCUGCAGAUAUUGGGCCGUGGCGCCGACGAGUUCGAUUUUGUCACCCGACCGCCCGGGGCUGACGUGAAGUACGCGAUCGACUUCGAGUCUGCUCCGGAAAGAACUUGGCUGGUCCCCGCGCUACGAGGACUUCCGCAGUGGUCUGGAAGCGACGAUCGACUGGUACCGCGACAACGAACGGUGGUGGCGUCCGCAGAAGGACGCGACCGAGCGGGCAUACGUGGCAGCCGGCGAGAAGACCACUUC